GAAGGGCCCGGGAACCCGCAGUUGCUGCCGCGGUCUCAGUGUAGUCUGAGUUCCUGUCUCCCUUCUCAGCGCCACCCGGAUGGCUUCCCAGAACCGCGACCCAGCUGCCGCCAGCGUUGCUGCCGCCCGUAAAGGAGCCGAGCCCAGCGGGGGCGCCGCCCGGGGCCCCGUGGGCAAGAGGCUACAGCAGGAGCUGAUGACGCUCAUGAUGUCUGGUGAUAAAGGAAUUUCUGCCUUCCCUGAAUCAGACAACCUUUUCAAAUGGGUGGGGACCAUCCAUGGAGCAGCUGGCACCGUAUAUGAAGACCUGAGGUAUAAACUGUCCCUGGAGUUCCCCAGUGGCUACCCUUACAACGCACCCACGGUCAAGUUCCUCACACCCUGCUACCACCCCAACGUGGACACCCAGGGUAACAUCUGCCUGGACAUCCUGAAAGACAAGUGGUCCGCCCUGUACGACGUCAGGACCAUCCUGCUCUCCAUCCAGAGCCUGCUCGGAGAACCCAACAUCGAUAGCCCUUUGAAUACACAUGCCGCUGAGCUCUGGAAAAACCCCACAGCCUUUAAGAAGUACCUGCAAGAAACAUACUCAAAGCAGGUCUCCAGCCAAGAGCCCUGACCCAGGAUGUGCAGCUCUCCUUCUGUUGUCUUUUUAUAUUUUUUCCCUUAGAUGGUCUGUCCUUUCCUCGAUUUCUGUACAGGACCCUGUAUCUUA